AUGGGGCCCGGAGCCAUUUGUGGUGGAGAGGAGACUCCAGGAAGACCACCCGACCUACAUGGCAGCGACCGGCAGCACCACAACUAUCAAUUGGACACCAAGCUGAUGAGUUGCCCCCCCCCACACUUUGGCUCCCAAGGCUGGCGCAACCAGAGCUCCCCCGCAACGAAGCACCCCAGCCACAGCUACCCUGGUGUGGCGCACCAAGCCCCAGUGGAGCAGCAGACCCGGCCCAGCAGAGAGCGGCCCCAGCAGAGCGGAGCAGUGCGCCAGGCCCAGGCCGAGCCCCAGCAGAGCGGAGCAGCGCGCGCCAAGCCCAGCCCGAGGCCCAGCCCGAGGCCCAGCCCGAGGCCCAGCCCGAGGCCCAGCAGAGCGGAGCAGCGCGCGCCAAGCCCAGCCCGAGGCCCAGCCCGAGGCCCAGCCCGAGGCCCAGCCCGAGGCCCAGCCCGAGGCCCAGCAGAGCGGAGCAGCGCGCGCCAAGCCCAGCCCGAGGCCCAGCAGAGAGCGGCCCAGCAGAGCGGAGCAGUGUGCCAGGCCCAGCCCAAGCCCCAGCAGAGCGGAGCAGCGCGCGCCAGGCCCAGCCCGAGGCCCAGCCCGAGGCCCAGCAGAGCGGAGCAGAGCGCGGCCCAGCCCAAGGCCCAGCAGAGCGGCAGCAGAGCGCCCCAGCCAGAGCGGCCCAGCAGAGAGCGGCCCCAGCAGAGAGCGGCCCCAGCAGAGAGCGGCCCCAGCAGAGAGCGGCCCCAGCAGAGAGCGGCCCCUUAA